AUGGGCUGUUGGGCCAAGCUGAAGUCCUCUGGAUGGGCUUUUCCCACCGCAGUCCUGUCACUUUACGGGUUUUUUGCAAACUGCAGAGUAGCCGAGCCCUUUCUUACACCAUACCUGAUUGGACCACACAAGAACAUCUCAGAGGAAGUGGUAAGAAUGGCAUACACAUAGGCUACACUCUGUAGUGUACAAGUAAAUAGAGACCGGUUUGAUUAAGUCUGUGUACAUUGUCUGUCUUUAGGAGUAUUUACCGGGCACCAACAUGAAAUUUUGUUGUUCCUGAUUGUUUCUGAUUAAGCACAUUUAUUCUGUGGUGCUUGUCUUCCACAGGUCACAAACUACCUGUUCCCUAUCUGGACAUACUCCUACCUUGCCUUCCUCUUCCCUGUCUUCCUCUUGACUGACUUCCUGAGGUAUAAGCCCCUUAUUGUGGUGCAAGGCUUCUUUCUGGUAACCAACUAUGUCCUCCUCUGCUUUGCCCCGGGUCUACCUGCAAUGAUCUUCCUUCAGGUCCUCUAAAACAAUAAAAAAAAAAUACAAUUAAAAACGUUUGAAUAUUAGUGCCACGACUCAUAGAACACUUUACUUAAGAAUAACAUGAGCAGCAGCACCUUUUUUUUUUUUACCACUAUGACUUAUUGAAGUCCCUAAAAAAGAAAAGUAUUCGAAUAACAUGUAACACUACAACCAUGCUGUUUUUAAGAAUAACAAUGUAGUACUAUGGUUAAAUUGGACUUUAAAUAUAUAUCAUAUCAUGCACAACUAGUGCAAGUUGCAUAACAGGUGUCCUGAAUGUUUCGUCCCAUCAACAGAUCAACUAUGCUGUGGUGACUUCCACAGAGGUGGCCUACUUUUCCUAUAUUUACAGUGUGAUUCCAAUUGAGAACUAUCAAGUCGCCACAGGCUAUCUUCGCAGUGCCAUGCUGGCUGGAUAUACAAUUGGUGCCAGUGUCGGCCAAAUGCUUAUCUCCCUAGCAGGUAAGAUCUCUGUUGCUAAAAUAAAUUAUGAAUACACUUCAAGAAUGAUAGUACAUACUUCUUGAGCUUGAUAGUGAUCAACCAUCAUUACAAAAACUCUUACAAUGUACUUGGCCAGUAUUGAAAUGUGUACACUCUGAUCAACAGGAGUCGACUAUUUCUACAUCAAUGCCAUCACUCUGGGGGUUGUAAGCAUGGCUUUUCUUACAUCUCUCUGGUUACCCAUGCCGCAGAGGAGCCUGUUCUUUAAAGGGAAAAGGGCUGCAGCUGUGGGCUCGCAGUCCCAGUGGGAGGGGCCGCUGAGGGUAGACGGGUCUGAGGAGCCAGCGACGGAUGCAGAUGAAGUUGGCUCGAGGAAAGAGGAGAUUGCGCAUAAUGGCAGUGCUGGCUGGUGCAGCAGGGAAAAUGUAGCCACAGCAGGCCAUCUACUUUGGCAGAGCUUCAGGGAGUCCUAUUCUUCCAGGCAUUGUCUUCUUGUGUCUUGUUCCACAGUUCUAUUUAUACACUGCAGAGAAUGUGAAAGUAUAUGAUAAUCCAUUGUGUUGGUUACAGCAAUAGUUUUUGCGUAUAAGAAUUAUCAUUUAGUUUUAUCAAAUUGUGAUUUCUUUUCAUGUAAACCAACACCCAGGCUCCUAAUCUACUGGUCCCUGUGGUGGGCUCUGGCCACAGCUGGCUAUGUGCAGGUUUUCAACUACAUCCAGCUGAUGUGGGACCAUAUAGAACCAUCUGCUACAUCAUCCAUCUACAAUGGAGGUGUAGAGGCUGCAUGCUCACUUGUGGGUAAGAUUGGUUGAAGUUACGUAUGUUUGUGGCUGCAAGAUAAAAAAUCAUGAAAAAAGAGAAUGAUAAAAUUUGAAAAGGGAAACUGCUAUUUACCAAAAACAAACUUAUGUGUAAAGUUGAUUAAACAAGAAGAAGUAAUCAUUUUAAGGAAGUUGUGAAACCGCUACUGGGCUGUAAAAUCUCACAGAAUGGAACACUGAAGCACUGAUUUCUACCUUAUUUUGAUUUAAAACCAAGAAUUUGAUUGAACCAGAGAAGGAGCAGAAGUUUUUUUCUGCUUUAUCACAUUGUAUAAAGAUAAAUAAACUUAAACAUGUUUUAUAAAGUUGUCUGACAUACACAUGGACCUAUGAAAGCUCACUAUUGGAAGAAAACAACCCUGCUGUUUUUUGCUUUAUGAUUUUUACAUCAAAUGGAAAAUAUGUAUUGAUUUUGAAAGGGACUAGCAGCACUAUGGUCCAGUUGGCGUACACUCAAACUGGCUCUGCAUGAGAAUAAGUAAAGUGAUUGCUUCAAUUAAGAAGAUAGAGUCAGGAGGUAAUGGAUUCUGUGAUUAUUGCUGAUGGUUGAUUCUAAGAGUUAGGUGGAAGCAAUUCAUCAUAAAUGUCAGGCUAUAUGGAGGCUGGAAAAGGCGUGUCUGUGCAGGAGGGUACCUCACAUCCUAUUACCAUCAUGAAAGUGAAAAAAAGUGAUUUUGUACAAUGAGAGCGCAUUAAAGCUGCUUUUCUCUGUCCUCUUUUUUGGGCCAGGGGCUGCAGCGGCCUUCUGCGUUGGACACAUUAAAGUAAGAUGGGCUGUGUGGGGAGAGUUGGCAUUGGGGUUCUUCUCGGCAAUAGCUACAUGUGCUGUGUUUCUGAUGGCGCUCACCAGCAGCAUCUGGGCGUGCUAUGCUGGUUAUGUCAUCUUCAAGUCCUGCUACAUGCUUCUCAUCACCAUCACAACGUAAGUUAGGAACAGCUUUUUAAAAAGUGCCCCAAACAUUGUUAUCACACACAAGAAAAGAGCUUUGAAGUAUUGAACAUGUUUCUCAUGGAAAUUACAAGUAUAUUUUGAUUUAAGGUUUCAGAUCGCUUCCAACCUCUCCAUGGAGUGCUACGCUUUGACGUUUGGGAUUAACACCUUUGUAGCCCUGUCACUGCAGACCAUCAUCACUGGCAUUGUUGUAGAUGAAGCUGCACUGGGAUUAGAUAUUGUGACACAGGUAUGUUUUACACAGGUUUUAGUAUUAUUUAAGUAUCUAUAAUGAAUGACAGAACACUUGUGUGAAUCACAGUUAAAACUCUUUAGUAGCAUGCUUUGUGAUAACACACAGCAAAACAUGAGGAGAGUGUGACAUCUGGUGGUUAUCUAGACACGUUGAACGCUGAUUGAGCCAUGUUUGAAUUGAAUUAUGAUGUUGUGGAUGACUGACGGCCUUUUUCUGCAGUUCAUCAUCUAUGGGAGUUACUACGCUGCCAUCUCAGUGCUCUUUCUGAUCCGAGGGUCCUACACAGCCUGUGUAAAUCGAUGCACUCCUGAGGACAUUAAAACCAAAGAGCAAGAGUCCAGUGAAGAAGUGAUUUCUGCUGAACGUUUCUGA